GUUGGCUGCCCGUUUGGCUCUUUAACGCAUGUGAGCAGCUGGCAAAGCUGUCUUCUGUCUGUGUUAAGCAUUUAGUAGGGUCAUUGCCAAAGCUGGACCUCGCUUCGUUUCUCUAGACACUUUUAUUCAGCUGAGCCAUGUCUUCGGGGCCUUCUAAUUCAGACACUGCCACUCUGGCUCCUGUUGGCCCCCAUGCUGCCAAGAAGAUGGCACUCCUGAACGGGGAAGACCUUGAGGUAGCAGCCGGGUGCUCUGCUGAUACGAAGGGAGAAAACAGUCACCGUGUCGAAAAUGAUUCAGGUCAAGUGAACAAGAAACUGGAGGAUGGAAAGCAGGAGGGCAUCAUGGACAUGAAGUGGAUUCGUCCAGAUCUGGCCAGCAGAUGCACUUGGAGGCUCGGUGAGCCAAGCAAGGAUUCCCCACAUAUACAUUCUCAGCGGACGAAAGUCACCAAGAUUAUGCCCAGCAUCCUGGGAGGAAUUGGAAACACCCCAAUGGUCCGAGUCAACAAGAUCCCAAAAACCUUUGGGCUGAAGUGUGAGAUCUUGGCUAAGUGUGAGUUCUUCAACACUGGAGGCAGUGUGAAGGAUCGUGCCAGUCUGCGUAUGGUGGAAGAUGCAGAGAAAGCUGGAAUCCUUAAGCCUGGAGACACCAUCAUCGAGCCCAGCUCUGGAAACACAGGUAUUGGUCUGGCUCUGGCUGCAACAGUAAAAGGGUACCGCUGCAUCAUUGUCAUGCCUGAGAAGAUGAGUAUGGAUAAGGUGGACGUCCUGCGUGCUCUUGGUGCUGAGAUUGUUCGGUCUCCAACUUCGGCUCACUUCGACUCCCCUGAAUCUCAUGUGGGCGUGGCCUGGCGUCUGAAGAAAGAAAUCCCCAACUCUCACUUUCUGGAUCAGUACCGCAAUCCCGGCAACCCCCUGGUCCACUACGACACCACCGCCGAGGAGAUUCUGGAGCAGUGUGAUGGUAAAAUAGACAUGCUAGUAGCUGGAGUUGGCACAGGUGGUACCAUCACUGGCGUUGCCCGUAAGCUGAAGGAAAAAUGCCCCAACAUCAAGAUUGUUGGUGUGGACCCUGAGGGUUCAAUCCUGGCAGAGCCAGAGGAGCUCAAUAAGACGGAUAAGACCCACUAUGAGGUGGAGGGCAUUGGAUCUGAUGUCAUCCCUAUCAUACUGGACCGAUCUGUGGUGGACAGCUGGUACAAGACCAACGAUGAUGAGUCCUUUGCCAUGGCACGUAUGCUGAUCCGCGACGAAGGCUUACUGUGCGGUGGCAGUUCGGGCUCAGCCAUGGCAGCAGCGAUGAAGGUGGCUAAGGAGCUGAAAGAGGGCCAGCGCUGCGUGGUCAUUCUGCCAGACUCCAUCCGCAACUACAUGUCCAAAUUUCUUAACGACAAGUGGAUGUGUGAGAAAGGCUUUAUCAGAGAGGAAGACCUGAUGGUGAAUAAACCAUGGUGGUGGAAUCUGACUAUUCAGGAGUUGAGUCUGUCUGCUCCUCUGACCGUUCUGCCCUCGGUCAACAUUAAAAACACCAUUCAGAUCCUGAAGCAGAAGGGUUUUGACCAGGCUCCAGUAGUUGAUGAGGCUGGGGUGAUUCUGGGUAUGGUCACACUGGGCAACAUGCUCUCGUCUGUGCUCGCUGGUAAGGUCAAUCCUGAAGAUCCCGUCAUCAAAGUGCUCUACAAGCAGUUCAAACAGAUUCAUCUCACAGAUAAACUGGGCAAACUCUCCCAGAUCCUGGAGACAGACCAUUUCGCCCUGGUGGUGCACGAUCAAAUCCAGUACAUGACCGAUGGGUCAUCCACUUUGAAGCAAAUGGUGUUUGGCAUCAUCACAGCCAUCGACCUGCUGAACUACGUGACCACUCGUGAGAGAAAAGAGCAAACGGUGUAACUGCUUUGUGACCAACACAUACAGAACACAACCACAUCUAAGAAGAUGAUACAUAUCAAAGAGAUUAUGAAAGGCUAUUUUUAGUUACAUAAAUUGUUUAUUUCUAUCUUUUUACAUUUUAAAGCUUAAUAAUUAUACUGUUAAUCAGUGUUCUUUAUUUAGACAGUAUUACUAUUAUUUAAGUUUACUCAGUCAGUUACAUUUUAGGGUGGUCUUGUUUGCAGUGAAGUAAAGCUGUGCAGGUUUGUCAUUACCAGAUUUUAUGAGAUAUAUAUUUAAAAUGAUGCAAGGCAUUUGUCCUGGGUUAAUUAUAACUUACAGUGGUGCUUGAAAGUUUGUGAAGCCUUUAAAAUUUUCAAUAUUUCUGCAUAAAAUUUGACCUAAAACUUCAUCAGAUUUGCACAUAAGUCCUAAUAGUAGAAAAAGGUAACAAAAUUAAAUGAACAAGACAAAAAUAUUAGCGUUGGUCAUUCAUUUAUUGAGGACAAUGCUCCAACAUUACAUAUCUGUGAGUGGAAAAAGUAUGUGAACCUUUAUGAUUAGCAGAUAACUUUUAAGGUGAAAUUACAGUCUGGUUGUUUUCGGUGAAUGGGAUGGCAAUCGGAUGUGAGUGAAUUUAAAGAACAGAGAUCUAUCACAGUCUGACCUUCACAGGACAUGUUUGUGAAAGUGUAUCAUGGUAUGAACAAAGGAGAUUUCUGAGGAGCUCAGAAGAAGAGUUGUUGAUGCUCAUCAGACUGAAAAAAGUUACAAAACCAUCUCUAAAGAGUUUGAACUCCAUCAAUCCACAGUCAGACAGAUUAUGUACAAAUGGAAGAAAUUCAAGACCCUGUUACGCUCUGCAGGAGUGGUCAACCAACAAAGAUCACACCAAGAGCAAGACAUGUAAUAGUCUGCUGGGUCACAAAGGAACCCAGGGUAAAUUCAAAGCAACUAAAGGCCUGUUUCACAGUGGCUAAUGUUACUGUUCAUGAGUCCAUCAUCAGGAGGACACCGAACAACAAUGGCAGGGUUGCAAAGAGAAAGCCACUUCUAUCCAAAAAGAACAUUGCUGCCUGUUUGCAGUUUGCAAAAGAUCACAUGGACAAGCCAGAAGGCUAUUAGAACAAUGUUUUGUGGACAGAUGAGACCAAAAUAGAUCCUGGUUUAAAUAAGAAGCGUUAUGUUUGGAGAAAGGAAAACAUUCCAGCAUAAAAACUUUGCCCUAUCUGUGAAACAAGGUGGUGGUAGUAUCAUGGUUUGGUCCUGUUUUGCUGCGUCUGGGCCGGGACGGCUUGCCAUCAUCAAUAGAACAAUAAACUCUGAAUUAUACCAACAAAUUCUAAAGGAAAAUUUCAAGACAUCUGUCUGUGAGCUGAAACUGAAGAGAACUUGGGUCAUGCAGCAAGACAAAGACCCUAAGCACACAAGUCGUUCUACCACAGAAUUGUUAAAGAAGAAUAAAGUUAAUGUUUUGGAAUGACCAAGUCAAAGUCCUGACCUUAAUCCUAUAGAAAUGUUGUAGAAGGACCUGAAGCAGCAGUUUGUGGGAGGAAACCCACCAACAUAACAGAGUUAAAGCUGUUUUGUACGGAGGAAUGGACUAAAGUUCCACCAAGCUGAUGUGCAGGACUAAUCAAUGGUUACCGGAAACGUUUAGUUGCAGUUAUUGCUGCACAGUUGAGGGGGUCACACCAGACACUGAAAGCAAAGGUUCUUACUUUUGCCAGUCACAGAUCUGUAAUAUUGGAUCAUUUUCCUCAAGAAAUAAAAGACCAAGUCUAAUAUUUUUGUCUCAUUUGUUUUAUUUGGUUCUCUUUAUCUACUUUCAGGACUUCUGAUGAAGUUCUAGCUCAAAUUUAUGCACAUAUAUAGAAAAUUUUGAAGGGUGUAGGAACUUUCAAGCACCACUGUAUAUUCUUCAGUUUUAAUGCUGCUGUUUUCCAUCUUCUGCUUUUAGGAAUGACCGUCCUCUAGUAGCACUAAUUUUAGGCGUUAUGCUGCCACCUCUUGACAAAGAAAGGUCAUUGCAGAAUAAUCUGCUUUCUACAAUCAUGCUUAGAUUUGAGCCUGUUGAUCUUGGCAGGUUGUUACAAAUAAGACUGAAGGUCAGAAAGUGUCGAGGUGAAGCACAGGUGUGUUUAGCAAAGUAAACAGCUCUCAGUCAGACAGACUAAUAGUAUUAACUAUUUUUUGGCAGUCAAGGCUGGUGUGCUGGUGGAUGAUUGUAAAUAAUUGCUUGUGCACGUCGAUCCUGUCUACAGCGACCUUGAUUGUUUUGAUGUUUAUCCUGUUCUUCUGAUUGUUUUUUGCUUUUUUAAUUAAAUCUGAAUGUAAGAUUGAAAGUAGUUAAGGCGCAGAAUGUUGGAGCAACAGAAUGUUGUCUCACUUCCAGAAAGGGUCUUUACUUUAGUCUUGUUUACUUUAUUUAAUUAGGUAUUUUCUGUUUUUGAUAUGUUGAAUGCUUAAUAAAUGUGCUCUAGUUUUCAAUAAAAUCUUUUCCCCCUGCA